AUGGCAUCUUCAAAAAUUCUUGACCGUUUUAACCAAACAAUGCUGAUACAAUACCUAUGGCUUUUGGCAAGUCUUGCAUUAGCUCUAGCCAACACAGAGACAUUGAUUAUCUCUCUUCCCGCGGACUUCCCGCCCAGUUCGGGUCAGUUGAAGGUUACGCAUCCUACAAUUGAUCUAGGAAACGACAAUCAUCGCACACAGAAAUUUGAGGUUCCCGUUGAUGAGAGAUACGCCAUUGAACUGCAGAACUUAAAGAUUGGUCAAAGUUAUAUGAUAAAAUUCUGCUGGACUGCUUUGAAUCCAGUUUCGAUCGAAAACGCUAACUACAAAGUGGUACCUCAUAACACACCAUUUGAUGGUACUAUAGAUGGAGAGAACGCAAGAGUCUUCGUUGAACUCGAAACCAAAGGUUUCUCUUAUCCGGCUUACACGGCUAAAUCGAUUCCAUUAAAUGUUUCCGUGGUGAACCUUAAAAUGAACAUCCCAGUUGACUUGUACUCUACCAUACUAUAUAUUCUGAUUACCAUGAUAGCGGUCCUGCUGUUCAACAGACGGGUACCCAUUUAUGAUAGGUUGCGAGUUCUGGACUUGAAGCAGUCAUUGGUGGAGUAA